GCAAGCCGCAGGUAAUUCACAGGUGAGUUUCCUGACGUCAUACAGGAAGUGGACCGACGGACGUUGGACGUUUUCUGCUGCUGUGCUGGUGGACAGGUGUUGGGAAAAUUACUUAGCUAGAUUUAAUCACAGCGAAACGUGUGACACGGUGGAGAGAUGUGCGUUUUUGAUAAAGACAAAGGGCCGAGGAGGCUUAUGCAAAAGGGCUUAACACUCAUUCUGGUCGGGCAUAUCAACUUCAUCCUUGGAGCUAUUGUCCAUGGCAGUGUCCUCCGCCACAUUUCCAAACCCAACCAGCACAUCACCACUGAAUACACUGUAGCUAACAUCAUCUCUGUCACUUCUGGCCUUCUGAGCAUUGUCGCUGGGAUUAUUGCCAUCUUGAUGUCAAGGAACCUUCGUGUGAUAAAACUGCAAAUAGGACUUCUGGUUACAUCAUUCCUGAACGCCCUGCUCUCAGCAGCAUGCUGCACUGGGCUUCUCUUGGCCAUUGGUAUCACUGUUGCCCAAAAUGGGCAGGGCUUAAUGCGGGGAUGCAACGACACACAAGUGCCCAUCAACGCUCGGUCACCUGUCAGUGCCAGAUGUCCGUUUGAUACAACACGAAUCUAUGACACCACCAUGUCGCUGUGGAUCCCUUGUGCUGUGUUGGCAGCAUUUGAGGUUGGAUUGUCUGUCUGGUGCUUCAUCGUUGGAUUGGCUCUCAGAGGACUGGCACCCUGUGGGAACAACUACAUCAAAGAGCAGUUGGGGGAAGAAGGUGAGAGUUUUCCCCACAGCCAGCACCUGAUUCGACAGCCCUUGGACCCUGAUGCCUAAGUGAGCAAAAAGCAAGAAGGAAGCCCCUGUCAUAUCUGUAUUAAGUAGAUUUUAUGCUACAGUCAGCUGGUUGAGUGUCACUGAGGGACAGGAGGGAAGUUUUAAGAAACUGCUUCUUGCUUUGUGUCAUCAUAUAACCACAGACCCUAAUUCACAGAUGGGCUGCCAAUGUCAGUUAAUCUGAUCAUCCAUGGUAAAUUUAUGAACAGUGACCCAUCAUAAUCAUCCAUAAUAGUCCUUUUUGUACAUAUAAAUGUUGUUUUAUCAGUAUCGAUCCAUGACUGUUUGGGCUCAGUAGUACCAAAUAUGUAUUUCAGUAUGAAGGAGCCUUUCUUUAUUAAGAAAGUAUUUUUAUAUAUAUCUUGCCAUGAUAUGUCAGACUAUUUUAGCUUGUUUGAACUCUUAUUUCAGCAAAAUGCAUUUUAUUGUUCUAAAUGUUUUUAAUGUUUUAUUGUUUGUUUAUACUCAGAAACACUCCUUUGCAUCUGAGAUGCAUUCAACAAACCAUACUCUUCAAUGUGUAUAAUAAUUGUUUCAUGCUAACUUCUUAUGCACAUUAUUAAGUGUCAAAUCAGAUUAGAGUCAUAUAAUGUAAACUGUUUGAUAUGUUCCAGAUCUUUAAUACUAUAGUGAUGCAGUAUUUGGUUUCAAAUUAAAUUAGACAAGCUAAAUUGUAUUUCUUGAAAAUAGAUCAUUAUAACUUGUUGUUGUUCAUGUUCAUUUGAGCUCCCACUGUGCCUUAAUGUUGUAGGUACAUCAUUGACUACUUGGAACUAUUUAUCAAACGUGCUAGAGUUUGAACUUACAUUUUUUUUAAAUCAUAAGAAUAUGCUUUAGAUAUAUUUUGUUGCCUCUAGUAAGACAUGCAGUAGUGAUCAUCACCUAAAAUUCAGAUUCCUGAAAUGUAUUGUUAUAGGGAUAUGGAAGGAUGGAAAAUAAUCUGGACUGCAGCAUAGCUGUGUAUGUAUUGAGUGCAUUUGUGAAUGUACAGUAUACUAUGGUUGAAUGUCCCGUGGGGUCAUAUUAAGAGGUUAAACCAGUAUGUAGGCCAGCUGCCUUUCAGCUAACAAAGACCCCCCACAACUCUACGACAGAGAAGAUCAGAUCAGCCAUGAAACGGUUAAUCUAGUGCCAUGCUCAGUUGUGUGGAAGGGAAUCAUAGCACGAGUCUCAACUAAUCCUCAGGCUGUUAGGGAUAAAUAUUGACAUAGCUUUGACUGAUACAAUCACAACAAGUCUGUUUGGUUCCAAUCUGUAUAAUGUUGAUGUCACACUGUAUACUUAUGAAAUGCAUAUUUGAAAUCACAAGAUGGAUGGAUGGAUGAAUGGAAGUAUACAUGUGUAUUAAUAUUGUGAUAUCAGAGCAAAUGGACUCAAAUUGUAAAAAUUAUCUCUCAUAGCUGAGGAUUAUGUAGAAUGCAGUUAUUUAUAAAUCACAAUACUGAUUUUUUUUUAUUUCAAUAAUCAGUCAUCUAAAAUAAAAUGUACAUAUCACUCAUAUAUAAAAGGGUAUUCAUUGUAACUUAUAUUACCCGGGAUAAUAUGAACUUGUGUGUCUCUUGAAAUCAGUUCAGUUGAAAACCUAGUGAGAGUCAGAGCAGAGAAAGGGAGGUUUGUAUAAAAAUACAAACCUCCCUUUCUCUGCUCUGACUCUCACUCAUUGAAGGUAAUGGAUCCAGAGCUGAAAUGUGGCAAUAAUACAUACAUACCAAAUGUACAUUAUAACACUAAUGUUCCACGUGUUGGCAUCCAGUCAAUAGGUAAUAAAUAAUUUAAAAUGCAUUGAUUUGAAUUUAUGGCAGACUUAAAGUGCACUUAUCAGGCUAAACGGAUAAUCUAAAUCAUUUUGUGGCUGCAUUGAAGGGUAAUUUAAGCUCUUGAAAUAACUUGAGAAUGACAACUUUAGACAAAACCAGUGUCACCACUCUUCUUUCUGUUGAAGGUGUGUGCUUUGUAACAUCAAUUUCCUUUUUUUGUUGUUGUUUUUAAACUUGUUUCAUAUUUGCUUUAUGGAUUUCUAGUGGUAUAUACAUUUAACGUAUAAUUUUUAAUAAAGAUUUUUCACAAU